AUGGCUGCCCGCAACAAAGGCACCCUAAGGCACUUCACAACUCUUCAUACCCUCAAAGCUAAGCAGGGACCUUUAAGAGCCUCCAAUCAAGGUAAGGUUCUCAACGGUGCAAAAACCUCGAAGCCUUCUGCGGGGGACUUGGCGCGUGCGAAUAGCACGAGGGCGUGGGAGGUUAAGAAGCUGGAGAACGGUUUGGUAGAUGUGGCAAACACAUCGCCGUGGAAGAUCGAGGUUACCGAGCGCAAUGCGACACAGUCACCGCUUCUCCGCUUGCCAGGCGAACUCCGCAAUAAGAUCUGGCGCUACGCGACUACCGGCAACAUUGUCAACAUACACGACGAUGACUCACGCUGGGAUAGUGUUUUCUGCAAAGGACACACCGUAGGAGUCGUCGGCGAGGACAAUCCGAUGCGCUGGCUCAGCACCCGCGCCGAAGACAAGCCUCGCCUUCCUACAGCCUUCCAUCUCUCGGCAGUUUGCAGGCAGAUCUAUCACGAGGUUGGAAUACUGGCAUAUUCAGACUCAAUCUUCGUCCUUUCCAGCUGGAAUGACGAGGGUGAGCUGAUGAGACAAUGGGUUCGCACAGGAUUGGCUCCCGCCCACAAAAAUGCAAUCAAGGACAUUGCCAUCGAUGAGGAGAACUUCUACGCCUAUCAUCUAAGCGGAGUCAAGCUUCGCGACUUCUUUCCCAGCUUAGAGCGCCUGCACCUCAACGCGGACCGGUUCCAUGGUGUCCCAGAUUACGUUGAGAGAGUAUUGCUGUUACCCGGGCCCGACCUGAUGAGGCGUCUGAAAGAGUCAGCGCAGGAGGACGUUGAGUAUCGAGAGGGCACUAGCGUGAAGCUCGUUUGGCAUGAGAAUCCAGUUGAGGACUACGAGGACCCUGACGCUCAGAGUAUCAGGUGA